AGCCCCUCCACCAGCGCCCAGGCACAGGUUCUACAAAUUGUCCGCCUGCGCCGUUGAUGCUCACUUUCUUUCCAUAUACUCUCUGGCAGUUUUAGAAACAAUGGCCGACGUUCCCAUCGUCCUCGAUGGCGGGACUGGUUUUCUCAAGGCAGGCUACGCAGGACAGAACUUUCCAGAUCACCAGUAUCCGUCAAUAGUCGGCCGGCCGAUCCUGCGUUCGGAAGAGCGAGAUGGAGACAUUGUGGUCAAGGACAUAAUGUGUGGAGAUGAGGCAGCAGCAGCCCGAUCAAUGCUUCAGAUAACUUAUCCCAUGGAGAAUGGUAUCGUGAAGCGCUGGGACGACAUGCAACACCUCUGGGACUACACUUUCUUUGAGAAGAUGCGCCUAGAUCCAACCGGGCGGAAGAUUCUCCUCACUGAACCUCCCAUGAAUCCCCUCAAGAACCGUGAGCAAAUGUGCGAGGUCAUGUUUGAGCGUUAUGGUUUCGGAGGCGUGUACGUGGCGAUACAGGCUGUCUUAGCCCUGUAUGCUCAGGGUCUGUCAUCAGGAGUGGUCGUGGAUUCAGGCGAUGGUGUUACGCACAUUGUCCCUGUCUACGAAAGCACCGUCCUCAACCAUCUUACACGGCGCCUUGACGUUGCAGGCAGGGACGUUACUCGAAACCUCAUUGCUUUGCUGCUCCGGAGAGGGUAUGCACUCAACCGUACCGCCGACUUUGAGACUGUCCGACAGAUCAAAGAAAAACUCUGCUACGUCUCAUACGAUCUCGAAUUAGACCAACGACUCAGUGAAGACACGACAGUCUUGGUGGAGUCGUACACACUACCCGAUGGCCGCGUCAUCCGAGUCGGGAGCGAGCGAUUCGAAGCCCCCGAAUGUUUGUUCCAGCCACAUCUUGUUGACGUGGAACAGCCCGGCAUUGCCGAAUUCCUAUUCAACACCAUCCAAUCUGCAGACGUCGAUGUGAGGAGCAGCUUGUACAAGGCUAUUGUGUUGAGCGGUGGCAGCAGCAUGUACCCGGGUUUGCCCAGCCGGCUAGAGAAAGAGUUGAAGCAGCUGUGGCUAACGAGAGUGCUGGGAGGAAACCCGGAGCGACUGAAUAAAUUUAAAGUCCGCAUUGAGGAUCCGCCGCGACGUCGGCAUAUGGUUUUCCUGGGUGGAGCCGUGCUUGCCAACAUUAUGGCGGAUAAGCACGACAUGUGGAUAUCAAAACAGGAAUGGGAGGAACAGGGAGCCCGAGCAUUAGAGAAGCUAGGUGCAAGAUGAUGAGAUUCGGGAGAUGAGGAAAAGGAAACUUCCGGGAUUGUGGGUGGAGACUGUUGCAUGUUUGACAGUACAUGCCAAGGACCUAUGAUUCAAGACAGAAAUCUGCAUCCUCAUCAUUGUCUCCUUGAAUUUUAGCAAAGAGUUAACGGUUCAGAUCCGCCCGUCAAUGUUCUGUGGCAGGCCUCCAACAAAGUGCAACUCAAA